AUGUCUGCAAAUAGUUAUAAGAAUGACAUUUAUGAAUCUUCAUCUCCUACUCUUUCACUGAAAGAUGAUCAGUGCUCUUUAAUCGAUGAAGGCUUUUGGCAUGAUAAUGAUUUAGUGUUAGCUGCUGAGUUGGGCAAAGCUCUACUGGACAGAAAUCGUAAGCUCGAAUUGGCCUUAGAAAAGUCGAAAAGUAUUGAACGUGAAAAGAAUGCUGAAAUUGAAUUUCUGAUUAAAGAAUUAACAAAUCUCCGUGAGUUGAGUCAACGUAAAAUGGCAUUUGUUGAUGAAGCUGAUCGGUAUAAUCAAGAGUUGGAUAAUAGUAAUCGUCAGCUGAUGCGUAAAAUAUCCGAAGAUCAACAAAAGAUUCUACGUUUAUCAAAUACAAUCGCAUCAUUAGAAGACCAAGUGGCAGGGUUAGUGGAACGACUUAAGAAAUGUGACAGUCAAUCAAUGAAUGGAGAAAAGGAAUCACCUCAUUCUCCCCACCACCGUCGAUUUGUUCGAAAUUCUCCGUUGUCAACAUCAACAUCAUCAGCAGCAGUGUCACCAAGGAAAAUUAGUGGUACUGUUAACGCUAAUACUAAGGAUACUCUUAGCAGAAACAGUAAUACAUUUGCCAUUAGAAACUGGAGUAAAUCACCUUAUCUAAAUAAAGAUAGAGGUUAUUUCCGAUACAGAAGCAAAACGAAGCAUAUUUAUGCUAUGAACAGAAAAUAUUCAAGUCAGCGCAAUACAUCAACAAGAGGAUGUCGGGAGAAAGGUGGUCUCUUUUUUAUUGAUGAUGAACUAUUUGACCAACCAGAAAUUGGUAUAGGCCUACAUCAUGAUCAUCACCGUCCACAAUCGUCGAUGUUAAUAAAAAUGAAACCAGACAAAUGCUAUUCACAACUUUUCAGGGAUGUCAGUAUCCUGCCCCAUUGGAUGGUACAAAAUGAACGACAGUAUUCAAGGACUCAGAAUGAUUAUGAUGAUAACGAUGAUGAUGAUGAUGAUUGUGGGGAUUACAGUCUAGGUACAUCUAGAAUGCAACUUUAUCGUACAUUUAGCUGGCCACGUAUGAAUAGUGAAGUAUCUUAUGACAGAUUUGAAGAACCAAUGGAUUUAUGCUAUCCGCAGUCAAAUGAUGAAAAUUCUUUUCAGUACAGCCUAAAUGAAGAUAAUGUUGGCAGUUUGCAAAAAGAGAAUUUGGAAAACAGAGAUACUCCAACUACAAUUAAGGAGAAUGGAAAGUACCAAGAAUCUUCAAAUAAAGAGCAAGUAUAUCAAUCAUCAGAGUCAGUAGUGUUGUCGAAUUCACUCAUCAAAAUGGACUCUAAAAGAAAUCAGCAUGUUCAUCAACAGUCACCAGAAGGUACCAGAAUUAGUGACAAGAAUGAUGAUAAUGAGUUGGAUGAUGAAAAAGACUCUUCUGAUAGUGGACUGUUGGACAUUUCAACUGCAAACAGCAUACAGGUAGAAAACAAAGUAAAGCCAAGAGUUUCUGAUCAAAUAAAUGAUCUUUUGGAUGAUAUAAAUUUUGUCAGUUGUCUUGAUCGGAUAUACAAUCCACAUAUACGUUCACAAUAUCAAGAUUUAAUCAACAGUGAUUAUAAACCAGAAUAUAGACAGUUAUUUUGUGAAGCGUUCAAUCUGAUAA